CUUUGUCGUACAGAGCGCCGCUGCCAGGCCGCGUGUCCACCCAAAGUCUGAACGAUGCCAUCGCUGGUGCUGCCUCUACGCUCUCGCAGGACGAGUGUCAGCUGCCAGACAAAUGGCUGACGAUGGUGCAGGAAAUGCUGACACAAGCUAGCAGCGAAGCUUCAAAUCCCAGUCCAGUUCGUCGUCCCAAGGCUGCUCGUCGUCGUCUCGGCAAGGCUUGCCCUGCUCCGGGCGUCGGAACUCACUCCCGGUUUCUGGACCGCUUGGAACCUCUUCCCAGCGCAGCGCCAAGAAGCGAUAAUGCGAACCGCUUCCAAUCAGCACUUCCGUCUUCUGAAAUCCGUCCUAGUCUCAAAGAUCGUCUGGACCGCCGUUCAGUGAGCAGUGAACGGUUGGACCACCGUUCAGUGAGCAGUGAACGGUUGUACCACCGUUCAGUGAGCAGUGAACGGUUGGACCACCGUUCAGUGAGCAGGGAACGGUUGGACCGCCGGAUUUACGAGCGGGUGGACCGCCGUAUUAAUGAGCGGUGCUACCGCCGCUCAGUGAGCAGUGAUCGGUUGGAUCGCCGUGCAUCAGUUAACGAGCGGUUGGGCCACCGUUUUUCAAGCCAAGAUCCGUUAGUACGCGAUCAGUCGGUCAAUGUGUGGUGCAGAGACGGUUCCCAUCAGCAGGCAAGUCAUUCGUUUGCGUACGCGGGUAAGCCAACGGACCCUUGCUUGGAUGGACCCAGCCAGCCCAGGCUCAAGUCGACGAUUGCGUACGAGAACAGCGCAUCUUCGGCUGCUCAGCAACGACCUCCUGCAGUCAACAAUAUGCGUGAUUUGAACACUUGCCUGAAAAACCGUCAAGUCAGACCUGACGGCCGUAAUGAAUUUCCAAUCAAUAAUCGCAAUCUGUCACUGAUGAAUCAAGGCGAGGCAUUCAUCCGUAAUAUUCCGCCAUUGAUGAACCAACCACAGAUAGUUCGUAAUGAGCCUCUUAUCAACCACAUGCCUGGCUACCAAGCGACGAAUUAUCGUGGCGCUGUCCCCAGCUACUCUCAAGGAAGUGCUUUACUUUCUCACGUCUCCCCAAUGAACCCCAACAGCGCCUCAUCCCAGGGGUUCCGAUUCCCCGGCAACGCGCCUCUGUUUAGUCCCGGGAUUCGUGCCGGCCCUGCCGCGGCCAACGCCCAGUUCUCCAGCGGUCGCGGUUCCGUGUCAGGGCAAGCGGGCUAUUCGCUCAGCUUGGGUGAACUUCUUCGGUUCAGCGAAAAUAACGGAAAUCCGGGAAAUUUUAGGCGUUUCUAGUCUUCUAUUCCUCGCGGAACGUGAGAGGUCAACGGGAUUUUCACGUUUUUGCCCGAUGCUUCGUUUGCGGAUCGACAACACGGACUUUCCUUUUAGUUGUUUUUCAAAUUUGAUUUAGAAAGAGAGACUCGAUACAUUUCGUUUCGUUCAAGAGAGACUCAACGAGAAGUAUCUACCUUCAGUUAUUGUAGAACUGAUAUAUGACAUGAAGGGAUUGGUAAGAAGUAAGAAUUGGGCAAUCACUGCUUGUAAAGCCAAGCGCUUUGUUUCUCGAUUGUUGGAAAUCGAUUUAAUGGUGAAAUUUCAUAUUUACUAUAUUUUGUUUGUAUUGAGGAAACUUAAUUAGUUGAUUGUCAUUAGCGCUUGUGCAAGCUCACAUACGCUUCACGAUUCAUUUAUAUUUGUACCGAGCGCUCGCUUGUAAGUAAUUUGUACUGCAGCACUGAUUCCAAAAUUUCUCACUCGACGUUCUGGUUUCUUCAGCGAAAAGCUUUUGUUCUGCGUCCAUUUCAUUAUUUCUCUACUAUACAACGUGUGAUGAAAAUAAUUCAUCAUUGUGAGCGUCUAGUGCCUUCCAUCAUCUAUUGCCUGUUAAGCUCGUCAUUAAGUUCGAUUUAGGUUUAUUUCGAUGUCUUGAAAAAAGUUUUGCAUUCUUGAAAGUU